AUGGUCCACCAAAUAUUUGUCCUCCAAUGGCCUGAAAACCAAGUUUUACAAUUAAUAGCCCUUUAUCGAGAGCAGGAAUGCCUUUGGAAUAAUGUUGAUUCUCUCCAAACUGCUAUCCAAGAAUUACAUGAAUUCUUAGAUGAUGUUGACAAGGAACAGCAGCAAAAAACUACUUCCAAUUCUUACAAUGAAAAAAUAUAUAAAAGUCUCCAUUUUCUUAAAAAUGUCUCCAAGUCGAAUUCAAACCAAAUAGCCGAAACAAAAAGUACUUGUGAUAUAUUUAAUUCAAGUUCUUCUGAAACUGAAGAUUUUAACGUUGAAGACAUGAAUGAUAUCAAUAUGUGUCCAACUGAGCCUUCAUUGCUAGCUUGCCAUAUUUGUCGUGUAACUUUUGAAAACGCCAAAGACUUAGAAAAUCAUCUAAAUGAUUUAUCUUCGAAUAGCCAAAAGAAAAUCUGUCAUAUUUGUGGUGCAGAGUUUACUGACCGUAGUAACUUUAUCACUCAUCUGCGACGACAUAAAAAGGAAAAACCUUUUGGAUGUAUAGAUUGCUCAAAGUGUUUCGUAACAUCAACCGAAUUAAAAACGCAUAUUAGAGUGCAUAGUAAUGAAAAGGCGUUCAUGUUUAUGUGCGAAACUUGUGGAUUGCAAUUUAGAUAUCAAAAUCAUUUAGAAACGCAUAAAAAACUACACGGUGAACCUUUACUUGAGUGUUCCGUUUGUAAUAAGAAAUUUCUUUUGAAACGACAGCUUGCUUAUCAUCAACGGAAACAUGGUUUUGAAGAAAAAGCUAAAUGUUUGAUAUGUAACAAUAUUUAUCGAAAUAAGGAUUCGCUUUUGAGGCAUGAAAGAAAAAUACAUAACAUAAGAAAACGUAAAUCGAAACAAUAA